GACAUCUGUUAUCCGACUACACAAGUUCUGCUGAUAUACAUAAAAGUUUACAUGCAGAAAAGCUGAGUAAUAGGUUCCAACGACUUACGAGCAUCAGCUGUUUGUGUAGUAUUGCGUUCAUAACAGAGUUUCUUUAGGAUGUAUCAGUUAUUAUUGGCGCUCUUGGUGACUGCACUCUGUGUGAACUCACUGACUAUGUAUGGCUCCCAUAAUGUUAACAUCUUAGUUUUAAAUAUGUCUGAUCAGGAAGAUGAGGGCAAUUCCAAUUUCAGUGGACCUCCUAAGCCCUCAGAAGUGGCUAAGAUGGCACGCUACAUAAUGCAUAACUCAAAUUGGUCUGUGUUUGCAUAUAAGUCUCGGCAUCCCAAGACAAGUGAGUUCCCAUUGGGCACCACAAUUUCUGUGAGUGAUGGGCCAUUGGGCAAUGGAAAAGGGACACCUUAUAUGUAUGUGUCUGAAGUGGAGGAGGCAGUUCAGGACACAGAUAAAGACUCACGAUGCUCUCUCACUAUGACUCUGGCUCAGGGGGAUUACUGCAAGCAGAAGAAACUGGACCCGCAAUUCCCCACUUGUGCACAAGUCACACUCAUUGGACGGAGAGAGAGGGUUAGAAAUGGUACAACAGAAGAGGCUUUUGCCAAGAAAGCAUUAUUCAGCCGCCAUCCUUCAAUGAAAACAUGGCCAAAAGAUCACCACUUCUUCUUCACAAAGCUCAACAUUGAACGUGUCAUGCUCGUAGAUACCUUUGGAGGACCAGUCUUUGUUGAUGUUGAUGAGUAUUUUGACGUGACACCAUAACACUGUUGUAGUUAGCUUGAUAUUAGAACUGUACAGUUUGGUGAGCCCUGCUCCUCUUUAUUCUUGUUACUUCCUUUCUAAUUCUUGACGAUUCAAGGUAACUAGGCCAAAGGUAGUCUCUGUUACAAGUAGUAACAUUAAAAAGUAAUGUAUAGUCAGUGUUCUCUACAGAAUGGUUCAUAAACUGGUAUUUCUUUCCUUGUAUUGCAAGACUGUAUUUGUUUUUCCAGAGUUGGGUUUUUUAUUUCAAGUGGUGUGGGACUAAGUCCCUUUCACUGCACCCACUUCUGGCCUAUUGUACCAGCCCCAUAUGCUAGGUGAGGGUG